CUCUGUCCUUGAUUAAUUUUCAUUUGUGUCAAGCAAUGGAGAGCCAAAGCAACGUUGAUCCUCUGCAUAAUCAUGACAUCCGUAUCUCAACCCCUCAAGGCCCAACUCCAUCUAAGGCCCGUCGCUCUGAUUUUCCCAAAGAUUUUAUCUUUGGUGCUGCAACAUCCGCUUAUCAGGUCGAAGGUGCCUGGAAUGAAGCUGGCAAAGGCGAGAGUAAUUGGGAUCGUUUUACAGCAGAUCAUCCUGAUAAAAUUCAAGACAAAGGCAACGGACGUUUGGCUAUUGAUCACUACCAUCUGUGGAAGGAAGAUGUGACUUUGAUAAAGAAAGUGGGUUUGGGUUCUUAUAGAUUUUCAAUUGCUUGGACGAGAAUAUUACCAGGAGGAAGAUUAAGUGCUGGUGUAAAUAGAGAAGGAAUUAAUUACUAUAAUGAUCUCAUAAACUUGCUCUUGGGCGAAGGCAUUAUACCUUGUGCAACUAUCUUUCAUUGGCAUGUUCCCCAAUGUUUGGAAGACGAGUAUGGUGGCUUUCUAAGCCCUCGAAUUGUGGAAGAUUUUUCUGAUUUUGCUGAGAUUUGUUUCUGGGAAUUUGGUGAUCGUGUGAAACUUUGGAUCACAUUGAAUGAGCCAUGGAGCUUUUCUGUUUCCGGAUAUGCAUUAGGUUCUUUUGCACCUGGCCGGGGUCCAACACACGAGGACCAUGUAACAAAACCUGUCCAUCGCCAUAGAUGCAAUGUUCAGGAUCCAAUUAUUUGCAGCGAUGGAAAUCCAGGCACCGAACCGUAUAUUGUUGCACAUCAUUUGAUCCUUGCUCAUGCAGUAGCAGUUGAUAUAUACAAGAAAAACUUUCAGAAACUUCAAGGGGGCAAGAUAGGAGUCACAAAUGUUACAGCAUGGUAUGAACCACUCAAUAACACAACAGCUGAUAAAGAAGCUGCUUCAAGGGCAGUUGAUUUUUCGUUGGGAUGGUUUGUAGCACCCGUGGUUACUGGUGAUUACCCACCAGUUAUGAGACGAUUAGUAGGAGACCGCCUUCCCAAAUUUACACCAGAACAGGCUAAUCUGGUGAAGGGAUCCUAUGACAUUUUAGGAAUAAAUUAUUACACUACACAAUAUGCAACCAAUUCACCUAAGACACCUGGUGCAAGACCAAGUUACAAUACCGAUCAGGAGGUUCAAACAUCAACUGAACGUAAUGGGACGCCGAUUGGUGAACAGGCUGGUUCGAGUUGGUUGUUCAUUGUUCCAGAAGGGCUUUACAAGCUCUUGGUUCAUAUGAAAGAAAGAUACAGUAAUCCCAACAUUUACAUCACAGAGAAUGGUAAAUUCACAGCACAUUGCUAAGACUUUUUUCUACUGCAAAAUACUAAUGUAACUUAAUGGAUGAUUUUAUGAAGGGGUGGAUGAAUUAAACAACAAAACAACAGUUGCACAAGCUCGGUUUGAUGACAUGAGGGUUAGAUAUCACCAUGACCACCUUGUUCAACUUAAAAAAGCAAUGGACCACGGUGUUCGGGUGAAGGCUUAUUAUAUAUGGUCAAUGUUCGACAAUUUUGAAUGGGCUGAUGGGUACAGCGUUAGGUUUGGUAUCAUUCAUGUAGAUUUUGAGAAUAAUCAGUUGAAAAGGUUCCCAAAGAGCUCUGCUAUAUGGUGGACGAAUUUCUUGAACGUGAAGAAGGUCAAGAAGCAGGUCAAG